AUGAAGGCAGAUAGUCCGAUGUCCUCUUUGGAUGUCAUACUUGAAGCGAAAGCGAUUGGACAAUUCAAAUCCCAUCAAAGUCUGGCUUUCGGUCCUUACCUCAUCGGUUAUGCAGCGGAUGGUUUCGCAUUUGGUCUACUAGUUCUCCAAGUCUUGCAAUGGUUUACCUUGUCCUACGCUUCAGAUAGAAAGGCCAUUAAGAUCUUAGUAUGGUGGACCCUACUUGUCUGCACCGUCUAUACCAUACUCACAGCAAGGUGGAUGUUAAAUCUAUUCGCGUAUGGCUUUGACGUAUAUAGAAACUUCUACAACUUCAGUUGGGUUUCCACUUUCUUCCUGUUGGCAGUCUUCGUACAGGCGCCUAUAUCCGCUUUCUUCGCUCAUAGAGCAUGGGUAUUAAUCGGGAAGAAAAAGUGGUUUCCUUGCCUGAUUGGCGUCCUAUUAACUUUUUCCGUGACCACCUGCCUGUCCCUCAAAAUCAUGGCACCUGCAAUUGCAACCGAUGAACUGUUCACAAGAGACCCUACUACCGUCAUCCUUCUUGUGUUAUGGUUGUCUGCAACCGUCAUAACGGAUAUCACGGUGACCGGGACAAUUUGUUGGUGCUUGGUGUCGUCAAGAAUGGGCAUUAAAGGGUUCGAAAGAACGGAUAAGCUUAUCAGGAAGGUCAUCAUACUCACUAUCGAGGCGCAAUUAGCCCCAACACUAUUCUCUGUCGCUUUUAUGCUCUUAUUCGUGGCUGUGCCUAAAUGGAACUUCUCUACCUUGUUCAUGUGUACUCCCAAAGUCUAUGCUAUUGCCCUUUUGGGUGUACUCAACUCUCGGCAUUUCCUUCAAAGAGAUCUUGCACCUCAACCUAUAUUUCACAUCGAUCGGCCUAUUUUCCCUCGUCUGAUGAGUUACCGUUCGGACAAAAAAGCCAAGCCUCAACACAAUUCAGUUCUACAAAAUAUGGCAUGUAACGGCACUCAAACGGAAAUCCAUGUACAAACGGAAACGUUUCAAGAGGCAUAUCAACUUGAACCCCUUCCAGUAAAGAGAUCGAUCAAUCGAGAUCCGAUAUACAACACGGUUCAUGCGGAUGGCUUUUCUUUGGCAGAAUCUCCAGACGAAGAAUUGGAAGAUAUUGUACUGGGUGGCACAACGAUUCAUACCACGACAAUGCUAAAUAGAACUGUACAAACAACUAGAAAAAGAUCUGUGAGCUAUCCAGAGUUGUUGUCGUAG